AUGUGUUGGAAGUAUAACACCAAUACUAGAGAGCAAAUUGUUUCAUUCUUGUCUAUCUCUAUUGAUAAAGAACCUAACCAAAAAUUGUUGAAUGAGGUAAUUGCUAGUGUUGCUCCAACCAUUGUUGAACUUAAAACAGCUUCUCAGACUAUGGAAGAAAAGAAGACUGAUCUACUUUCUGGAUGGUUAUCAACUUAUGGAUUCUACCCAAAAGGAAAUGGUCAACCAAUUGAGAGAGUUAUUGGGUUUAUUGUUACCAACUGGGCUUCACCUUCAACCACCUUACACAUUCUUCUAAAUGCCAGAAAUAUUCGUAAUUUACUCAAUACUAGACCUGCUUCUUCUGAAGUAUUAAUGUUUUCAUUGAUGAAUUACUUGAAUAGUUUGAAUAGUCUUGCCUACAGUUCUAAACCAGUUUGUUCUAGAUUGGAAUGUCAUUAA